AUGGAAUUUGGAAAAGAUUUGAAUCUGAAAGAAGUUGUGAAUAAGGAAGAAAUUUUUUUAUAAGUAAACUUCUUGUAUAUUGUAGAUGGUAAAGGGAGUUAAAUAGUUUCACUAAUUAGGAUUUUAUCACCGAAAUCUCAAACCUGAAAAUUUUAUGAUUGGCGAAGAUGGUAAGUUAAAGUUGAUAGAUUUUGGUAUUAUAAAAGAAAUUAAGGAUACAAUUUAAGUUAACUAGAUUAACACUCUUAGGUAUAUCGCUCCAGAAGUAUUUUUUACUUAAAAUUAUGACUAAUCUGUUGAUAUUUGGUCAUUAGGAAUAAUAUUUUUUGAAAUUCUUACAAAUAAUCCAUUUUUUGAGGAUUCUAUGAACGUUAUAUAGUUACUUAAAAAAAGAGCUGAAAUUUCAUAGCUCUAAAUUAAUUCCAAGAUAAAAGAACACAAUUUGAAGAAUUGGUAGGUGGAAAUUUUAUAAAGAAUGAUUGUUUAACGACUGGAUAAAAAUCAACAGAUAAUUAAAUAAAUCAAAAGGAUAGGUAUAAAUGCUAUUGAAGAGGAACUAGAAAAGUAAUACAAAUCUUAGAAUAUAUAAGAAAAAGAAACAUUUAAGUGGAUAGAGAAAACAGAAGAGAUGCAAAGCUUAAUUUUUAUUAAUAACAAAGGCUCUUCCUUUGGGUUUAAAUUCCAAAUCUAGCAUACAAAAGAUUAUGAAAUUGUGUACAGCUAAAAUGGGAGAAUCUUAAGAAAGUUAAGUUUUAAAUUAUUUCUUUAGAGAUUAAAUUAUGGAUUUUUUAGAAAAACCUGAAGUGCUUACUAAUAUAGAAUAAAUUAAAUUCUUUUAAUGGAAUGGAAAUUACGGAGCAAACAAAAAAAAAGUUGGUUAAUGGAGUGUCACAUGGAAAGGAUAAAGACUUUAAGGAGUAGGAGGAUAAUAUAGUAAAAUAAACGUAAGUUCAUUAUCCAAUAAUGGAAAUAAGCAUGGUUAAUGGGUAGAAAUUAUUCCUAAUUAUUGGAGGUAAAUUUAAGUCUUUAUAUAUUUAGCUGGGCAAAAGCAAUUUAAAUUGGUUAAUACCAAGAUAACAAACGACAAGGAACGUGGAGGUAUACAUAUAGAGAUUAAGAAAUGUAAUAAUAUUUAGCUAUCCAGGGGCGGUGGAGAAUAUAAUAUAUAAGGUUUAAAAUUUGGAAAAUGGAUUGAAUUAUGGGAAUAAUUUUAUGAUUUAGCUUUAGUCAAAGAAAUAGGUUUAUAUAAUGAGAAUGGUAGAAAGAUUGGUAAGUGGGAUAUUAUGUAUUGUAAGGAUGCAGAGAAUGGAUAUAAAUAAAUGUAAAUAUUAUUAAAGCCUAAUAAAUAUAGAGGUGGUGGAUCCUAUGAUUAAGAUGGAAAUUAGAAAAAGAUUGGAAAGUGGGUAGAAUUAGUUGACGGGUUUAGUUGGGGUAAAUAAAUCACCUAAAAUGGUCAAUAUAAUAUGCAAGGUAUGAAGAUUGGUAGGUGGGAUAUUAUGUAUUGUAAUGAUAGAUGGAAGAAUUAUAAAUAAAUGUAAAUAUUAUUAUUGUCUAAGAAUUAUAGUGGUGGUGGAUUAUAUGAUUUAGAUGGAAAUUUGCAAAAGAUUGGUGUGUGGGUAGAAUUAGAUGAAGGUUUUAGAUGGGAUAAAUAAGUCACUUAUAGUGGGGAAUAUAAUAUGCAAGGUAUGAAGAUUGGUCGAUGGGAUAGUAAAUAAUGUCCUCCAUUCAGAGAGAACGAAUAUAAAUAAAUGUAAAUAUUAUUAAAAUAUUAUAAAUAUAGUGGUGGUGGAUCCUAUGAUUAAGAUGGAAAUUAGAAAAAGAUUGGAAAGUGGGUAGAAUUAAUUGAAGGUUUUAAAUGGGAUAAAUAAGUCACUUAUAUUGGGGAAUAUAAUAUGCAAGGUAUGAAGAUUGGAAAUUGGAAGCGAACCAACUUAAAAUGA